AUGUGGCUCCCCCUCCUCCCCCUCCUCCCCCUCCUGCUGCUCCGGUUCUCCGGGGUGGUCCCGGUGGUCGGGCUCAACACGUGUCAGAGCAUCGACCUGGACGCGCAGAAGUCGCGUCGCAUCGAGGCGGUGCGCGGGCAGAUCCUCAGCAAGCUGCGCAUCCGCAGCCCCCCCCCCCCGGAGGACGAGGACGAGGAGCCGCCCCCCCCCCCGCGGCCCGUGCCGCCGGAAGUCAUGCUGCUGUACAACAGCACGCGCGAGCUGCUCAAGGAGCGCGCGCGCCUGGCCGAGUCCACGUGCGAGCGCGAGAGCAGCGAGGAGGAUUAUUACGCUAAAGAGGUUCAGAGGAUCGACAUGACGUCACGGGUUCCUGACACCAACGCAUUGCAGCCGGACGCACCCAACCCCCACCACAGAGUCGUGCACUUCGACGUCAGUGGAGUGGACCUGACCAACAGCACCCUGUUUAUGGCUGAGUUCAGGAUCUUCAGAGCUCCCAACCCGCAGGCCCGGGCCUCAGAACAGAGAGUGGAGAUCUAUCAGCUGCUGAUGCCAGAUGAGGACAGCACCUCCACUCAACGUUACAUCGACUCCCGCACCGUCAAGCCCCGGGCAAAGGGAUCCUGGAUCUCUGUGGACGUCACAGAGACCAUUAAGGACUGGUUGUCAGACACAGAGAAUAAUCUGGGCCUGAAGCUGGGCGUCCACUGUCCCUGCUGCACCUUCGUCCCGUCCACCAACAACAUCGUUCCCAACAAGAGUGAGGAGCUGGAGGCCCUGUUUGCAGGUGUUGAUGACGAGCAGCUUCGUCAGUUAAGAAAACCCGGUCAGGUCAAAGGUCAGGCGGAUUUCAGCUCCAAGACGCCGCACCUCAUCCUCACCCUGCUGCCCAGCGACAGAGUCGAGAACCCGACCAAGAGGAACCGCAAGAAGAGGGCGGCCGCCACAGAGACCACAACCUGCUCCCGUGGCUCAGACCAGGGCUGCUGCUUGCGCUCGCUCUACAUCGACUUCAGGCGUGACCUCAACUGGAAGUGGAUCCAUGAGCCCAAAGGCUACAAAGCCAACUUCUGUGCCGGCAACUGUCCUUACCUCUGGAGUGCCAACAACCACUACAACAUGAUCCUGCCCCUGUAUAACAAGCUGAACCCGGAGGCCUCCGCCUCGCCCUGCUGCGUCCCUCAGGACCUGGAGCCGCUCACCAUCAUGUACUUCAUCGGCCGCACACCUCGUGUUGAGCAACUCUCCAACAUGGUCGUCAAGUCCUGCAAGUGCCGCUGA